CUGCAUUUUAGCUGUUGCUUUCAGUUCGGUUUAAAUUACUUCGUUUUUUGUAGGUCUAUUUUUACAAAUUUUUAUCUUCCAAAUAAAAUUAAUUUACAACAAUAAAACUUUAUUGAUAAAGUAAAGCAUAAAGUGUUCAUAUAUUUCGGAGUCGUGUUCAAUAGCAUACCUCAAUAGGUAACUAUGAAUUCUCCACUUCAUAUCGAAGUGGUCCAAAAAAGACAAAGUCGUGCGAAUAAAGACCAUGUCAAAGGGAUCGUGCAUUCAUAUCUGUCUAACUUUGCAUGUUUAACGCCCGGUGCUAUCAUAACUAAAGAAGAGAUAGAGGAAAGCUCAGAAUUGAGAGACCACGUACAGUCCAUUGCGAUCUGCGAUAUCGACUACGAAUCCGAAGUGCAAAUGACCAAUGUCGAAUUGGUCUAUCACGUAUACAAGCUGGACAACUUCGGCGCCGAGACCGACACCAUGACUGACACCGCGUCCGGCGACGAGUCGGCCGCCGCGGACGUGUGGGCCCUGCCUUCCGAGGAGUUCCACGGUCUCUGGGAGAAUCUGGUGUACGAUUCCAAGCUGAAGGAGGACACGCUCCGAUUCGCCGAAACGGCUUUCGAGUUCGCCGAGCGGGGCGUCGACCGGAACAUCGUCGGCUGCAACAGGGUGAUCCUGCUGCACGGGCCGCCCGGCACCGGCAAGACGAGUCUGUGCCGGGCGCUCGCGCAGAAGCUCGCCGUUCGACUCGGCGAUCGGUUUCCGCGAGCCCGGCUGCUCGAGAUCAACGCGCACGGUCUCUUCUCCAAGUGGUUCUCCGAGAGCGGCAAGCUGGUCGCGCGCCUGUUCGACCGCGUGCGCGAGAUCGUCGAGGACCCGCGGCUGCUCGCGUGCGUGCUCGUCGACGAGGUGGAGUCGCUGGCGCACGCGCGGCGCGCCGCCCUCGCCGGCCUCGAGCCCUCCGACUCGAUCCGCGCCGUCAACGCGAUCCUGACGCAGCUGGACCGGCUGCGGCGGCACCCCAACGCGCUGGUGCUGGCCACCUCCAACGUGACGGGCGCCAUCGACGCGGCGUUCGUGGACCGCGCGGACGUGAAGCGGUGGGUGGGGCCGCCGUCGGCGCGCGCCGCCUACGAGAUCCUGCGCGGGUGCUGCGCCGAGCUGGCGGCGCGCGGCGUGGUGGCGGGCGGCGAGCGCGCCUUCCCGCUGCGGGCGCUGGAGGGCUCGCGGUUCGCGGAGAGCGAGGCGUCGCGCGCGUCGCUGCGGCUGUGGGCGGCGGCGCGCGACGCGGCGGGCGCGGGGGCGUCGGCGCGGGCGCUGCGUCGGCUGCCCCUGCUGGCCGCGGCGCUGCACUGCCCGCGCGCCACCACCGCGAGCGUCGCGCCGGACCUGCCGCGGUUCGUGGACGCGCUGCACGCGGCGCUGCGACACCACCUCGCCGACGCCGAGCUGCUCGAUGCGCCCGCCCAGUGACGGACUUCCCUCUUAUGCGGUAUUUUUAAGUGUAAAGUGCUGUUUUUUCUUCGGAAGGCUGGUCCUUUCCGGUGAUACCGCCUGUGACUUAUGCGAAUCUGGGAUUUCCGUUGUGUCUGCGGUACGAUUAUUUUAAUAAAUAAUUUACAUUUUCGAUGUCUGCGUUUGUACUUUGAUGUCGUUCCCCUUUUUGUAUUUGACUACGUUUAUCUCUUACUUGUUUAGAAAAAAGUUUGUCGACAAUGUUUAAGAUGUGAAGAUUAUUUGAUAGUUGAAAACUUGUUAUACGUGAUAUCUUGUAAAAUAUAAAAUAAAAAAUGCUUUUUAAAAACAAGCUUUUAUUUAAUUGCGCAUAAAAGAAUAAAAUUAAAACUUUUACUAUCAACUUAUGACGUUAUUACACAAAUUAUAUAAAAUAAAAGCUGCCAGAUUUAAGUAGGUAUGUAUACUAGUAUUUAUUUAGUCCGUUUUUUUUUUAAUUUAAUUAUCUUGUUUAUCUAUUAGGUAAAUAUUGCUAAAAGGUUUGAU